UUGGUUUCUUUUUCUUGUGGUGUAGGAAUGGUGGAAAAAGUUUCUGAUUUUUUGCUCUAAUGAAGCUGCAUUCUUGACUUUUUCUUGUAUUUUGAGUGGUGAUUUUAGUGGGGUUGUUUUGGAAUAUGGGAAAAGGUGCUAUUUGGUUAAAUGAAGCUGCAUUAUUGGCUUCUUUUUUUUGGGUUUUGUUUUAAAUUUUAGCUGCAAAGAAGCUGCUGUUUGGUUCAUUUUAGUGAUGGGGUUUUACUGAAUUGUUAUGGGAAUUGGAAAAGAAGUGCUUGAAUUUUAGGCAGAAAAGAUAAUUGGUCUUGAAGAACUGAUUGCAAAUGGAUGAUUCAGUUUUAAAAUCCAAUGAAGACUCAGUGGAAGAGAACCAAAGUCCAGAGAUAAUAGAGAAGCCAUCUCCGCUGCAGGAUUUUGUCGAACAUCCACAAAGUUCAGAGUCACUAAAGCAAUCAUCAGCAGAGAGUGUGAAAAAAUCAAGGAUAGUGAUACCAAGUUUAAAAACUCAAAAUGGGGCAACAAAUGCUGGGACUGUGAAGAGGCGAACUGGAAUAACAGAUGGCACUGAUUUUACUCCCAGAGGUGUCAAGUCUUCUCUGACAAAAUCGACUGUUAGUAGCACUUCACGAAUUUCAGGAACAACUCCAGUCACAAGAAGGAGUAGCACUGGCGGUUUGCCUGACAAGCAGCCAAUAACAGUAACUAAACGAGCUAGUGGUAGUGUUGCUUCAGGUACAGCUAAAAAGAUCAACUCUUUGGCAACAGAUCCUAUGCGGCGAUCGCUUCCCGAAAUGCGGAAAAGCACAUUGCCAUCAACCAGUACCAGAACUACUAUUCGAUCAAGUAUUUCAGAGAUCAGAAGAUCAGUUCCCGUUUCACCCCUUGCAAAGACUCCAAGAGUAUCAGUUAGUUCUGAUGCAAGCAAACAAGAAUCUGUUAAGAGGACCUCAGCUAAAUUAUCAUCGCCAUCACUAUCCUCUGCAAGGAGGAGUGCGUCUACAUCGUUGGAGAGUACUGCUAGUAGUGUCUCAACUAGAAAGUUCUCCACGAAGUUGUCUUCUCCAGCUGCUCAGUCACCUUCUGUUUCCACUGGAUCGAAGGCUGGUUCAUUGUCAAAAUCGUUGGACAGAAGUAGUAAUUCAUCAAGCAGGAAGAAAGGGGGGACUCCUGAAGGUCGGGAUUCACGUCUUAUCAUGCUUCCUCAAGUGGAAAUCAAAGCUGGCGAUGAUGUGCGCUUGGAUCUGAGGGGCCACAGAAUACGUAGUCUCAACAAUGGUGGGCUGAACUUGUCGCCAACUUUAGAGUUUGUUUACCUCAGGGAUAAUCUCUUAUCAGUGUUGGAUGGUAUUGAGAUACUGACUAGGGUGAAGGUUCUUGAUUUGAGCUUCAAUGAUUUCAAAGGUCCUGGAUUUGAACCACUUGAGAAUUGCAAAGCCCUUCAGCAACUUUAUCUUGCUGGAAAUCAAAUUACAUCACUCACAAGCCUUCCAGAGCUUCCCAACUUAGAAUUCCUAUCUGUUGCUCAGAAUAAGUUAAAAUCUCUUUCAAUGGCCAGUCAACCUCGGUUACAGGUCUUAGCUGCUAGCAAGAACAAAAUCUCUACAUUGAAAGGAUUCCCUUAUUUACCUUCUCUUGAGCAUUUACGCGUGGAGGAGAAUCCUAUCCUUAGGCUGCCUCACCUAGAGGCAGCUUCCAUUUUGCUUGUCGGUCCUACUUUAAAGAAGUUCAAUGAUAGAGAUCUCUCCCGUGAGGAGAUAGCUCUAGCUAAACGUUAUCCUUCUCACACUCCCGUGUGCAUCAGAGGUGGUUGGGAAUUUUGUCGUCCAGAACAAGCAGUUGAUUCAACUUUUCGCUUUCUGCUUGAGCAAUGGAAGGAACAACUUCCUCAAGGGUUCCUACUCAAAGAAGCCUUUAUUGACCAUCCAUUUGCGGAAGAUGCUUGCUAUUGUCACUUCAAUUUUGUCAAGGAUGAAUCUGAGAGUACUGAUUCAGACAUAGACUUGAAAUACCAAUGGUUUAUAGGAGAGAGAACUCCAUCAAACUUCAUAGAAAUACAUGGCGCAACGAGGGAGUUCUAUUGGCCAAAGCAUGAAGACAUUGGUAGAAUCUUGAAAGUUGAGUGUACGCCGAAGCUGGGAGAGACAGAAUAUCCCACUAUUUUUGCAAUAUCUUCUCCAGUUUCACCUGGAACUGGACAUCCGAAAGUGUUGAAGAUUGAAGUAUCUGGAGAUUUAUUAGAAGGAAAUAUAAUUCGAGGCCAUGCAGAAAUUGCAUGGUGCGGUGGAACCCCAGGGAGAAGCAUUUCAAGUUGGUUAAGGAAAACGUGGAGCAGCAAUCCAGUGGUCAUUGUUGGUGCUGAAGAAGAGGAAUAUCAGUUGAUGCUUGAUGAUGUUGGUUCGUGUUUGAUGUUUAUGUAUACUCCUAUGACAGAGGAAGGUGCCAAAGGAGAACCUCAAUAUGCUAUAACAGAUUAUGUGAAAGCAGCUCCCCCAUCAGUGGGUGAUGUACAAAUUUCUGGAGAUGUUGUUGAAGGAAAUACCAUAAGAGGAAUUGGGAGAUAUUUUGGAGGAAAAGAAGGACCCAGCAAGUUCGAGUGGUUGCGUGAAGAUAAGGAUACAGGGGAAUUUGUGCUGGUGUCAUCUGGUAUGAAUGAAUAUACUUUGACAAAAGAGGAUGUUGGCUGCUGCUUGGCUUUUGUUUAUGUACCGGUGAAUUUUCAAGGACAGGAAGGGAAAUCUGUAUCACUUGUGUCACAGAAAGUUAAGCAAGCUCCUCCUAAAGUGACACAUCUAAAGAUAAUUGGUGAACUAAAGGAAGGCAGUAAAAUAACGGUAACUGGUAUCGUUACCGGUGGAAUUGAAGGAGCCAGCAGAGUUCAGUGGUUUAAAACAAGUUCAUCAACAUUUGAGGGUGAGAGCUAUCUUGAUGCAUUGAGUACAUCCAAAAUUGCAAAGGCGUUCCGCAUACCUUUAGGAGCUGUUGGUUACUAUAUUGUUGCAAAAUUUACUCCGAUGACUCCAGAUGGCGAAGCUGGUGAACCAGUCUUUGUCAUUUCUGAAAGAGCUGCAGAGACUCUUCCACCUAACCUUAACUUUUUAUCUCUGACUGGGGAUUACGCCGAAGGUGGAAUAAUGACCGCAUCUUAUGGUUAUAUUGGGGGUCAUGAGGGAAAAAGUAUUUACAAUUGGUAUCUUCACGAGGUUGAAAAUGGCUUAGGUGCUAUGAUACCCGAGUUUUCUGGUCUUCUUCAAUAUCGUAUUGCCAAAGAUGCAAUUGGUAAAUUCAUAUCUUUCAAAUGUACCCCAGUUCGUGAUGAUGGGACAGUGGGCGAGCCAAAAACUUGUAUAGGACAGGAGCGUGUUCGCCCAGGAACUCCAAGAUUGCUUUCUCUACGAAUAGCCGGAACUGCAGUUGAAGGCACCACACUAAGCAUUGAGAAGAAAUACUGGGGUGGUGAAGAGGGAGAUUCAAUUUACCGCUGGUUCCGGACUAGUUCAAGUGGAACAAACAUAGAAGUCAAUGAUGAGAUGACAUCCUCAUACAAGGUGUCUAUUGAUGAUAUUGGAUAUUUUAUAUCUGUAUCCUGUGAACCUGUUCGAAAUGAUUGGGCUUGUGGUCCUAUUGUUAUCUCGGAACAAGUUGGACCCAUUGUUCCAGGGCCACCGACUUGCCAUUCACUUGAAUUUCAAGGAUCUUUGGUUGAAGGAGAACGUGUGAGCUUUGUUGCGUCUUAUAGUGGAGGGGAGAAGGGAGAAUGCAUACAUGAAUGGUUUAGAGUGAAUCAUGAUGGCGGCAAAGACAAAAUAAGCUGUGAUGAGUUUCUGGAUUUGACUCUUGAGGAUGUCAGUAAUUGUAUAGAGCUUAUUUAUACUCCCAUCCGCAAAGAUACAUUAAAAGGAAGCUGUAGGAGCAUAUUGUCUUGCCCAGUAGCUCCUGGGGACCCAAUUGGUGUUGAAUUGUCAAUUCCUAAAUGCUGCGAGGGCGAGACAAUAGUUCCCAAUCAGAGAUACUUUGGAGGGAAAGAAGGUGAUAGUGAAUAUGUUUGGUAUCGGAGUAAGAAUAAGCUUCAUGAAUCUGCUCUGCUGAACUUGCCUAGCGUUACAGAGGAUGUACAUAUUUGUGCAAGGACUAUAUCAUAUACGCCAUCGCUUGAAGAUGUGGGAGCAUAUUUGUCAUUAUAUUGGCUGCCAAUUCGCAUAGAUGGCAAAUCUGGGAACCCAUUAGCAUCAGUUUGCGAGUCUCCAGUCUCCCCAGCUUCUCCAGUAGUUUCUAAUGUUCAUGCAAAGGAGCUCUCAUCCAGUAGUUACCUUGGGGAAGGAGAAUAUUUUGGUGGUCAUGAAGGAACAAGCUUGUUUAGCUGGUACAGAGAAACUGAUGAGGGAACAAUCACUCUCAUCAAUGGAGCAUGUUCUAAAACUUAUGAAGUUGUAGAUGAAGAUUACAAUUAUCGUUUACUUUUCGGAUAUACGCCAGUUCGUUCAGAUUCAAUUAUUGGUGAACAUCAGUUAUCCGAGCCAACUCAUGUGAUUCUCCCAGAUAUUCCAAGAAUUGAGACGCUGGCUCUUACUGGGAAGGCUGUUGAAGGAGACAUACUAACUGCUGUUGAAAUUAUUCCAAAGAGUGAAAUUCAAGAGCGUGUAUGGGCAAAGUAUAGGAAGGAUAUCAAAUAUACUUGGUUCAUUUCGACUGAAACAGGAAAUAAUAAGUCCUUUGAGCCAUUACCAUCACAACGUUCUUGCUCAUACAGGUUACGAUUUGAGGACAUAGGUCGCUCUCUUAGAUGUGAAUGCAUCGUGUCUGAUGUUUUUGGAAGGUCAAGUGAUCCAGUAUAUGCUGAAACUCCUUCAGUUUCACCAGGUAUCCCUCGGAUGGAUAAGCUGGACAUUGAAGGUAGAGGUUUUCACACCAAUCUGUAUGCUGUUCGUGGCGUUUAUAGUGGCGGAAAGGAGGGCAAAAGUAAAAUUCAGUGGCUUAGAUCUAUGGUUGGAAGUCCUGACCUCAUCUCCAUUCCUGGGGAGACAGGAAGAAUGUAUGAAGCUAAUGUUGAUGACGUGGGCUAUAGGCUGGUUGUGAUAUAUACACCAGUAAGAGAAGACGGAGUUGAGGGGCAUCCUGUUUCUGCUUCUACAGAUCCAAUUGCAAUUGAGCCUGAUGUUCUUAAAGAAGUAAAGCAGAAGCUUGAGACUGGUUCCGUAAAGUUUGAGGCCUUGUGUGACAAGGAUCAAUCUACAAAGAAAGUUCCAGGUAUGGGGAAUCUUGAAAGAAGAAUUCUGGAAGUCAACAAAAAGAGGGUAAAGGUGGUGAAGCCUGGUUCUAAGACUUCUUUUCCCACAACUGAGGUUCGAGGAACAUAUGCCCCUCCAUUCCACGUGGAGCUGUUCCGAAAUGAUCAACACCGGCUGAGGAUUGUGGUGGACAGUGAGAGUGAAGUGGAUUUGCUGGUACAGACUCGGCACCUCCGUGAUAUUGUCGUCCUUGUCAUCCGAGGUCUUGCACAGAGGUUUAACAGCACCUCACUCAAUUCCCUUCUCAAGAUAGAGACCUAGCGUCAUAUCAUGUUCCUUGUUUUGUACAUUAGUUGGUCUUUUUCUGUCUCUAACUCCAGUAGUUUGGUGUUGGUUUUUGUUUCUGUUUUCUGGUGUGGUAUUGAGUUUCAUCUGGCUAUGCAUUUUGCUUCUUCCAUUUGUUUCUUAUUGUGCCUAUGUAAGUUAGCUUGGUAUUGUCUAUGUAAAUACGACAUACCCUUGUGCAUGAAAAUACAAAGAAACACCGAUUUGUGUUUGAUA